AUGCCCAUCAAUAUAGAAGAUGAGCCCGAUUGUGGGUCAGAUGCUGAUGUUAUGUCUGAUGAUGGACCAUAUAUUCCUGGAAUUCCAUCAACAGAACCUUCAAGUGUCGUAACACUUGAAACAAAUGCAACUACCAAAAGGAAAAGAAGGAGUGUAGUUUGGGAUGAGUUCACAAUCAUUGAUGGGCAGGGUUUUGAUGAUGGGAAGAAUCGAGCUGAAUGCAAAAGAUGUAAGCAAGUUUAUAGGGCUGAUAAAGAGGUAUCACGUGGGCUCAACUUUAUGAAGCCAAUGGCAGUGGAAAUGAAGAAAAAAUUUGACAAAUAUUGGAGUGAAUAUAGUCCAAUUUUGGCCAUUGCUUUGGUGUUUGAUCCUCGAUAUAAACUUAGUUUUGUGACUUGGGCAUUUUCUAAGCUUUGCAAUCUGGACUUAAAUGCAUCUACAAUGUGCCACAAUGUGAGGAAUUCUUUAUAUCAAUUGUUUGAUGAGUACAAGAGUAUGCAACCAAGUGAUUAUGAUGUUCCUACACUUACCCAUCGUCCUGGGAGAUCUAGAACAAGAUUUGAAUUUAUGGUAUCCGAGCUUGCUGAGAUGGAUAAUGGAAAUAAAUCUCAAUUGGAUAUAUAUCUAGAUGAACCCAAGGUCCCAUUCAAUGAUAAUGAAUAUGAUGAGUAUGAUGUGUUGGCAUUCUGGAAAGCAAAUGGGUCAAGGUAUCCAGAUGUGGCUCGAAUGGCUCGUGAUGUCUUGGCUAUACUAGUUUCCACAGUUGCUUCAGAGUCGGCUUUUAGCGCAGGGGGCCGUGUUAUUGAUAAAUAUCGGAGCAAACUCCUACCUACCAAUGCUGAAGCAUUAAUAUGCCUUCGGGAUUGGAUGUUUGAUAUAGACUUCAGAGCUGAGCCUUUUGAUGAUCCCACUGAUGUGGAUAAUGCACUUGGAAAUAUACUGGAACUAUUGCACAUUGAAAAUGAGAGAGGUGCAGUAGCUAGUUCUUCAGCUGGUCCUACUCCAAGAGAAGGAUAA